CAAUAUUCAGGUGAAGGGCGACAUGAUCUGUAUCGAAGGAAAGAGAAAGAAGAAGGUGAUUGGCCCCAACGAUAAGUAUUUGCAAACGGAGCGCAGAAACGGACCGUUUAAGCGUGCUCUGAAGAUGCCAGCUACGUGCGAUACGGAGAAGAUUGCUGCGAAGCUUGAGGAUGGAAUGCUGAUCCUCACUAUGCCCAAGGUGGAGGCGCAGCAAGCAGCUGUCGUGAAGAUUUAAAACAAACAGGCCGCUACACACUGUAAUUCUUGAUAUCUUUU